CAAGUUCUCAACUCCAGCACUUUCCUCAACAACCAACACAUCAACCUAAUAAACAACCACAUACAUCAACAUGGACAAGGUCAAGGCAGCUCUCACUGACUUCACCCACAAGUCUGGUCACCACGACACCACAGUUCAUGAGGCCGUUGCCCCUGCUGUCGUCCACGAGACCGUCAAGCCUCACCAGCAUGAGGAGAUCAACACUGCCGUAGACAAGGAGGUUCACCAGGAUCACUACCACCGCACAGUCCAGCCUGUCCAGGACCGCGAGGUUCUUCCCGAGACACACACUGCCAAGCUCGGUGCCGUUCAGCACCGCGAGUUUGACCACCGUGACCACGACUCCACCAAGCGUAACCUUGUGCAGGAGCAGGCUCAGUUCAGGGAUGAGAGGCGCGUUGAGGGCACCACACAAAGCCAGAGCGUAGCCCCCACCAUCGGCGGCGAGCAUGUCCACCACCACAUCCACGAGACCAUCCAGCCUGUCGUCAACAAGGAGGUCAUCCAGCCCAACGUUGUCCACACCACUGUCCCCAUCCACGAGGUGCACCACAAUGCUGCUACUCACCAUGAGACCACUGCUCUCCCUGCCAUGACCAUGGACCAGUUCAAGAACAAGGGUGGUGUUCUCAGCGGUCGCGAGGAGCGCUACGAUGAGUUCGAGGGCGUGCCUAAGAACAUCGGCGGUGGUACCGCUGGUGGCUUUGGCCAUAUCCGUGAUGGAACCCACGCCUCCCACACUGGUUCCGAGCACCACAAGCACGGUGACUUGGACACCAAGCACCACGGCACUGGUGUCGCUGGCGCUGGCGUUGUUGGAACAGGUGCUGCCUCAGGCCUCGCUGGAUCUCACAGCCACAACACCACUGGACACCACGACUCCACCAGCUCUACCCACGGAAAGCCCAGCUUGAUGGACAAGCUCAACCCCAAGAAGGACGCUGACGGUGACGGCAAGGCCGGCUUCAUGAAAUAAGCGUAUCGUGAUACAAGCUAUGUCACGGCCUCUACCAUAAGUAGACGAUUCUCUUCACUUUGACGAUGAAAUGUUUGAUACCAUAGUAAUGAAACAUCAACACAAGAACAAA